AUGGGCAGUAUCGAUUUGGGAUUGCAACACAUCAAUCAGGGCCACAGAGUAGAAGGAAAAAUUAGGGAAGUUGAGAGUGAGAAACGAUUCUUCAGACCUCCAAUCCAGAAACGAUCGCUCUUUAUCACAGUCUCAGUCUCGCUGUUAUCGCAAUCUGACAAUUUCUUAUCUGCUUCAUCUCGAUUCAUCGCAAUUGGCUUCGGUGCUUCUUCGGUAAUCGGCUACUUCAUUGAACUAUUGAAAUUUGAAGGAAUUGAAGAAAGAUUGCGCUUUGAAUGGAUGGAGGAGUGUCUUCUUCGGACCUCAUCAGACAAUUGGUGCAUCAUUAAUGAUGGGACAGAUAAACCUAAUAUAGUCAUGGGGAUUUCUGGGAAACCUAGUGAACUUGUUGAAAUUACCCCUGUGCUACAAGAUAACAUCCCUGUAAUUCGAAGGUUUACUGGUGGUGGGACAGUUAUAGUUGAUGAUGGAACAAUAUUUGUUUCAUUUAUAUGCAACAAAGAUGAUGUUCCUCAUGUACAACCAUAUCCUAGACCUAUCAUGUCAUGGAGCAGCUUGUUAUACUCUAAAGUCUUCCAUGGAAUUGCUGAUUUCAAGCUUCGUGAGAAUGACUAUGUAUUUGGUGUCCGAAAAUUCGGAGGAAAUGCACAAUCAAUUACUAAAAAUCGGUGGAUCCAUCAUACGUCUUUUUUGUGGGAUUACAAGACACAUAACAUGUCAUAUCUUAAGCUUCCAAAACAGGCCCCUGAAUAUCGACUGGCGAGGGAUCAUCUUGAUUUCAUCUGUCCCAUAAAGGACUAUCUUUCAAGAUCAGAUUUCAUUAGCAAAACCAUUGAUGCAGCAGCAACCCAUUUUUCACUUACCUCAACACAACCUCCGUUAAAUUUUGAAUUCAACCCCACAUCAAAAUUACUAACCAGACUGGAAUUAGAGGCUGCAGCAAUCAAAUCCUCAUAAAAGAAAAGGGGUAGUUUUGACAUUUUGGUGAUGAAACAGCAAACAUGGAGUUCAGUUAGAAGCUGGAGAGAUGAAGAAGAUGGUGG